CAAAGACAUAAAUACGUAAAUCACGCAAUGCUCUGUUAAAAUUUUAAGCAAAUCAUAAAGAGCCCAGUGACUAUUUUGUUGAGCCAAAUGCGAUAUUACAGUCCUGGCUUGUAAAAGGAAAAUUACAUUGCUAAUGGCGCCACCCACAGGCGACUUAUGUUGAGAACACUUGAUUAUAAGCGGAGUUGACUUUACAGUCUUAGGAAUGAACUGUAAGACCAAGUUUCAAGAUUCGCAACGAAAGAUAUGUUAUAUUUUAUUUUUAAGCAUACGUUUAGUUCAUAAUCACAUGUUGUACAUAAUUAAUCUCCUGUAGCCUACUACUGGAGAGCUUUAAUAUAUUUAAACGCACUGCUUUGUUACAGCCUUAAAAAAUAUACAAUAGAAAUGUGCAUGCUGCAAAGGAAAAUGAAUCAACACACUAUAUUACAUUAUAUUAUUAGAUUAUAUUGUGAGUACAAUAGAAUACAUAUUUAAUUUCAUGAAUUGCAUUCUGUAACAAUGAUUAUGUUGUAAGCUGUGUACACACAAAGCAAAAAUGUAUCUUUAAGAUGUUUAAUAACUAACAGCUGAUUAAUACAGAAGUUGAUACAAAAUACAUGUUAUAUUAUAUUAUGCCAAAAGUGACUGAAAUAAACUGUAAAUAGGAUGCUUACUGCUGAAAUAGUAUCCCUAAGUUUAACAUUUCGUUUUACAGAACUUGUUACAGCUUCAAUACUCUAAAAAGGAUAAUGCAUAAAACAUAAAUAACUGAAUAAAAACAUAAAUCAUGAAUUUUUAAUUAUUUCAAUUUGGGCCAAAAAUGAUAUAAAGCUCAUAAAGAUCAAAAUGAUAUAAAAGAUGACAAUUGGAGGUUUGAUCAUCAUUACAAUACUCAACACAGACUUAAAGGUUCAGAAAAAGCAAGAGCUCAGUCCAGAGGGUGUAUGCAGGUUAAGUAUCCUAACAUUUCGCCUCAUCAGCCUAUUAAGCCCUACAGGUGGCCUGACUAGGGUUCUGUUCACCAUCAAAAAGUAUGAUCUCACAGAGCAAUAAAAUGAUUCACCGCGUAACUCAAGGCACAUGGAGAUGUGGUUGAAGAGGCUAGUGUUGUGGUGCAGGUUGAAUAAGUCUUCCCUCUACAGUAAACUGAAGCUCAGUGUAAACCUCCAACCUCUUGGAUAUCAGAGUAUAGUAAAGCACAGGAGCUGGUAAACCAAUGUACUGUCCCUAAAAUGUGAUUGUUAUCUGUGCCAGACACAACAACACCUGCUGUCAUACAUCACUCCCAGCGUAUUUUUUUAUUUAGUUAUUUUUGUUUUGUUUUGUGGCUAAACUGUCACGGUAUCCUCUCGCAUUAUUCAAGGACUUCCUGCAAGUCUUUAGCGGUAAGCUUGAAUAAUUUCUCCUGUCUAUUUGAUUGAUGCAGGGGCUUUAUGUGAAGGAAGGAAAAGUCUACUUCUUGUGGCGCAGUCAAUAACACUAAUUAAAGAUGUGCUAUCUUGGGCAUAUGACAGGACAUGUUGUGCAGGAGACCCAGUGCAGGUUAUUCACAAAAGCUGUGAGCUGUCGUCUUCCUUUUGUUUGUAUUUUAGGACGGCUUUAACUAAGGUAGUCAGAGUUGCUGGCCUGACCAGGAGGGGUAAUUGCUUGGUUGCAACCAAGGCAACAAGAAAACAGUUCUCAGUCGAGGAGCUGUGGAGAGCCUGGCAACUGCAAAGCUCAGUAAACACAGACAUUCGUAACAUGGGUCGAAAUGAUUCUGUAGCAUGUAAAAGCAGCGGGCGGGGAUGCUGAACGAAUACUCAAAUGCAUUCUGAAUUACAGAGAAAUGGUCGCUGAGGAAAGGGGAGCUGGGCCACAAACUGAGCAUUGAUUCAGAGGAACAUUAUCAACUCCACAAUGAAAGAUUUUGUCCUGUCAUUGCUGAGUCGUGGGUAUGGCCAAAUUGUGCCAAAUGAAGACGGUCAUGAUGGAAGACUGGAGGUCUAUUUUGAACCACAGGAUUACUUCAACUGGAAAUCCCAGCCUCCACUGCUGCGUCUUACCAGCAGUGGCCGUAUUUUUGGAGGACUCGAGCCUGCGCCUCCGAAAACCUACAGUACAAGGAGAGGGCCUCUUAUUCUGUAUUCAGAGGACCUUGCACUGGCAUACCGAUCUGGCCAGGUUAACAGGAAGAGAAAGGCUCCAAGCUGCCCAAAACAGGAAGCUGAGAAGCAGCUGCACACACUGCAAGACCUGACUGGAGCAAUUUUGGCUUUUGGAAAAAGGAAGGUUGGAUCUCUUGCUGGUGUAACACACCCCUUAUUGCCAGAUAAACAUGUUAUACAGAACAUCAACAUGCAUCACAGACCUGGAGAGAAGAACUAUAAUUCAAGCCAGGUUAAAGGAGAAAACACUAAUCAGAUCAGAUACCAGCCACGUUUCCUCUGUUCCCCUCGGCCCAACAGGGCAGACCUGGGUCCUCUACCACCCAUAACGGAUGGUUUGGUACAUGUACAAAUCCAGGAGAAAACUCAGGCGGCAUCAGAUGAACAAAUGACCUUUAAGACCAAAGAACAGAAAGACCAGAAACCGAAAGAGAGAAAAAGACCAGUAAAGAGUCUCAGGAUAGCAGCUGACCCAUGCAGAGCUCACAUGAGUCCGAUUCCUGAGUCAGAACCUGCACAUCAGACUGAAGAUCAAACAGUGUUUCCAGCAACCAGAAAAAUCACCGCUACAAUACUCCCACAUCUGAUUGACCAUCCCAAGGAUCUAAACGGCCGUGGGAAGCACAGCCGGAUGGAGAGUGGAGGUGGUGUUGGAGAGAUGUGCACUCUGAGGUCAGUGUAUGUGGAUUCGUCUUUGGAAUGCAGCCCACUCUCACGGGUCAACUACUACGGUGGACACAUGGAGGGAUCUCGCCAGAUGAAACAUUGCGGAGGUGAAACUCACAUGAGGAGAGUAAAUAUAGAAACAGAUCCCAGCUUCACCGUUUUCCACUUACCACCCAUUAACCAGAGUCCACUGGUCAACUCAAGCUCUGACAUCACUUUAACAAUGGUAAGAAUUCAGUAUUUGGCAAUGCAAUCCAAAAAACCGUCUGAAGACACAUUUAUCUCAACCAUAACCUUAAACCGAUGUACUUCUUAUAAACAAACCUAAAAAAAUCUUCAUCUCAUUUUCCACUUUUAACUUCUGUGAUGAUAACAUCUUGACAAAAUUUGUCAAACAUUUUCAAAAUAUUAGUGAAGUAUGUAUUGUAAGAACACCUGGGGCUCUUAUUCAAGCGCAAACCUCAAAAUCACUCUUUACUAUAAAUAAA